UUUCUACGGUCGACAACCGGCGAGAGUGUUAGGAGUAGUGUUUCCUUGCGUAGAAGAUGGCAAUAUCGUUAUAAUUCGACUCUUUGCUUCUACGAACGGUAGGACUACUUUAAAGUCCAGUCAUUAUUUUUGAUGAGGCAUUACUUUUCAUAACCUAGACACAAUGAAGUAAAGCGCCUUUGAUCUAUUGAUUCGCCAUGUCUGGCGAAAUCGUCCACCUUAACGUGGGAGGAACGCGGUUUUCAACGUCUCGCCAGACGCUUACUUGGAUACCAGAUUCCUUCUUCACAAGUUUGUUGAGUGGGCGUAUCUCUUCACACAGAGAUGAAACAGGAGCGAUAUUUAUUGACAGAGAUCCAAAACUAUUUUCAAUUGUGCUAAGUUUUCUCAGAACCAAAGAAGUUCACUUAAAGGAUGUGGACUUGUCAGCACUGCGUCAUGAGGCAGAGUUCUAUGGAAUCACACCUCUGAUGCGCCGCUUAUCUCUUUGUGAAGACUUGGAUGUAGCAUCCUGUGGUGAUGUCCUCUUUCAUGGCUGCUUCCAUCCACCUGUUCUUCCACACCCUCCAGUCAUGGAAAAGCGUCAUUCAUCAGCCAGCUUAGAAAUGGCUGCCAGGGGUGCAUGUGAAGGGCCCAGGAGUCAAGCAGAACCUAGGAUGGGACAUUCUCGUCAGAGUUCAGUGGAUAUUCGUUCUCGUAGUCAUUCUCGCAACUCCUCUGCUGAUCUUCGUUACUCACAACAGCUAGCUGUUGAUCACUGCAAGAUAAUGGUUGGAAAGCAGGAAGUUAUUGUAAACCAAGGUUAUAUCUGUUUUAUUCUUGAAGGCCUUGAAUGGCUGAACCUUUUACUCAUGGUGGGAAAGAAUGAUGGGGAAGCAGGAUAUACAGCCAUGAGUACUACAUGCUCCCCAUAUGUGGAUCCUUUGCGUGUCACCAUGUUGAAGGGUCAUCACAACUGGAUUUGUGUGGCGUACCCACACUUUGUAUGCUGCUAUAGAAUGAAAGACUCAACAGGCUGGCACUUGAUAUGGACUAGUGAAUAUUUAUGUAACAUAGUGGAACGGGUUGCCAUCAAUGCCAAAGUCCUGAACUCCAUGCAAGACAACACUCACAAAAUGGUGGCGGUGGCCGCUGCAAAUGUUGUGCGACUGUGGUCCAUCACUGAUGAUGGGGAGAGCAGGGAGAUAGGUGUCUUCAGCUUAAAUGUCUCUGUAGAUUCUUUAUUCUUCAUUGGGAGUCAGCUUGUAGCACUCAGUCAGACAGGCAAAGUGGGCGUGUGGCACUCCAUGACGCAACAUUGGCAGAUUCAAGAUGUUGUUCCUGUUACAAGCCAUGAUACUGCUGGGUCCUUUCUUUUGCUAGGCUGUAGCAAUGGAUCCAUUUACUACAUAGACAUGCAGAAAUUCCCUCUUCGGAUGAAGGACAACGAUUUGCUUGUGACUGAGCUUUACCGAGACCCCGCAAAUGACAUGGUGACAGCGCUCAGUGUCUAUCUGACACCUAGAACAAUGUCUUCUACGGGGCUGAGUGGUAACUGGAUUGAGAUAGCUUAUGGCACAAGUUCAGGUACAGUGCGUGUCAUAGUGCAGCAUCCUGAAACAGUUGGCCAUGGACCACAACUUUUUCAGACCUUCACUGUCCAUCGUAGUCCUGUCACCAAAGUCAUGCUGUCUGAGAAACACCUUGUAUCAGUCUGCUCUGAAUACAAUCAUGUACGAACCUGGAGUGUGACACGUUUCCGUGGCAUGAUUUCCACUCAGCCUGGAUCUACACCUUUGGCAUCUUUCAAGAUCAUGUCCCUUGAAGACUUAGAUCCUUACAUCGGCUAUAUGGCUGGCAAUGAUUUUGGUCCUUUUGGAGAGCAGGAUGACACACAGGUGUUUGUGCAAAAGGUUGUGCCAGAGACUGACAGGCUUUUUGUCAGACUCUCAUCUUCUGGGCAGAGGGUGUGCGUCAUCAAGUCAGUUGACAACAGUACCAUUAGUGCAUUCUGUGUCCAUGAAUGAGGUUCAACCCGCAUGGGAUCUCGCCCAAGGCGAUAUCUCUUUACAGGACAUUCAAAUGGGAGUAUUCAGAUGUGGGACUUGACUACAGCUCUUGAUCUGAUGAACAAAACAUCUGAGAAGUCAUGCGAUGAUGGGGGUCCUACAGCCACAGAGCUUAUGCGCCUGUUGGAUCAGUGUGACCUCAGUUCUUCAAGAUGCUCCACUCCCUGCAUUAGUCCCUCACCUUCACUGUUAAUUGGUCCAGGACUGCUUCCACUUGGAGCUCGACUUAGAAGUAGUCUUCUGCAGUCAUCACUGCACAGUGGUGUGUUAGCUUUGAAUCCUGAUUGUGGCAAUGAAGAACAGUCAAUACCAGAUGAGGUGGAAAAUCCUGAGGAAGCACACAGAAGACUGCUAGCAUCAGAUCCAGAGGAGGGUCAGAAUGAUGGCGAAAUCCACGGUGCAGCAUUGGAUGAGGGUGCUGCUUCUUUUAAAACUGGAAAGAAUUUUAGAGUCAGUGGCGAUGGGGAUGGAGGAAGUGGUGGUAGUGCAAGGAAAGGUGAUAAGAGCAGUUACUGGGUGUAGAAAGUAGAAUAAAAUAAUUUUUUAGAAAAUGUCCGAUGAAUGGGCCUAUGAAGAAAAAAGUACUAAUAAAUGAAGUUAUUAUUGGCUCAGGCCACAUGGCUUCAAAGAAAAAAAUAAUAGAAAGUGCCUGACAAGUUAUUUAUAUAUUCUUUCCACUCAUUUUUUUCUUUAAUCCAGCACAGCAUUAGUAGCUUCAUGCAAAGUGGUCAAUGCAGACAAUGGAAGAAAGACAUGAGAUAUUACCUCUGAGCAAGAGAUAAUCAAAGUGCUGACCAAACCAAAGUGUUUUGAUUCCAGUAUUAACAUGCAUUAGUGACAGAAUAAGUCAUGAGAAGUCCAUUGUGCAAUACCAUAAUGUAGUAGAAGCAGAAACAGUAUUGUAAUUGUGAACUAGCUUUAUGACCUGAUGCUAAAUUGCCAUUCUUUAAAAUAAAAUCCAUAAUAAUAUUGUAGGUAUGUGUUUCAGCCAGUUCGCUUUACAUAUUCGGUCAAAAAAUUAGACUGAAAUGGCAAAUAGAAAUGAUGGUGAUGAUGAUUACUGAGAAAAUGGGUGCUUAAAGGGAAACAGGGUAUAGCCAUUAAAUCUGGUCUGAAAUGGAAAUGAGCUGCCUAUAUUGAUACCAGAGACUUUUCUUUCAUUAACAGUCUUACCACUAGUCAACUUUUCAAAAUUUGAGAUGUCCUUGAUGUUUCUUUGAUUUUUGACAUCAGCAUUAAAUGUGCCACUGCCAGUUGCUUACAUAAAUGUACCUAUUAUAAUAAUAAUAGUAACAAGUGAAGAUUAGGGGCUUGCCAUUCUUGUUUGGUUGUCAUUUCUGCUUGAUGUUUGUUGUCCAUGAAAUUUAAAUGUAUAUCACGAUCAUUCCCUUUUCAUUUCAGUACCCCUUAAAUUCUUCGACCUGUGAUAUAUUCAAGUUGCUGAUUCUGCUGGAAAUAGCCAUUCUUUUUUAACUGGUGGCUAUCUUUAGGACUUUGACUAAAGACUUACAUCCUGUCACAGUUAUUGAUGUUCACGCUUGUGCAAUGACCUCAAAUAGUUAAACAAAAUUUGAGUUAGAAACUUUCUAUCCUUUUUCUUAUGGGUAUGUUGAUGCCAUUUUGUGGUAUUUAACAGCUUUAAACAUGGACACCCUGCCUCACUCCUUGUAAUGUAUAGCAGAGUGCCAUAAACAACAGCCUUGGUGUGAAUAUUUUUAUCAGAUAACUGAGAAAGAGAUUGGAUACCAGUGGUCUGUGUAUAUAGAUGUUGCACAUAUUGUAUAUUUAUAUGCAUAACAGCUUAUAAACCUAGUGAUAAUUCUGCUAUACAGAACUGUGGUAAUUAGUAGAUCUCUUCCUCUGUUAGAAAACUCAUUACUGUGUUACAAAACUCACUGUGAAAAUAAAAGUGCAAACUGGAAAA